AUGAGGACAGAUGGGGAUAGCCGGGCGCAACUCUGGGCGCAGUGCAUCCGUGCAUCAGCGAAAGUUGGCGAGAAUGGACGUGUGGUAGAACGUGCCCACGCGGCGCUUGACCUCGAUUUUCCCGCCAAAAUAAUUUCUGGCUGGAAUACAUCGGAGAAGGGGCCUCGGCUCGACGGACGUUUCUUCAACAAAUGUGGGCCGCUUCCGUGUUCCUCGGCGGCGGAUGCGUCGCUGUUCCCGUACUUCUUCUGGACUGUGCGAUCUCCUUGUGCUCGUCGGAGGAAGACUCGUAACGCCAGCAGCUACAAGUCGCCGUGCCACUGGGUUCCUUGCAGCGGAAAGCACAUUCCGCACAACGCCGUGGCCGGUGGCGAGGAAAAAGACGGCAAGUUCAAAUUGUUCGUGGCUCGCGCUGUGCACAAGGGCGACGUGCUUCCGGGAAAAGUGGUGCCUUCGCUGGGCACUUGUUACGUCUCCUUCGAUGGCAUCGAGGAGAAGUACAGCGAUUACCAGGUGCUCGUCUCCGAUGGUAACACCCUGGAGUGGCUGCCAGGGACAGCCGGCGCAGUCCCUACUGGAGCAAUCCAGGGCGGCACUACCUCCAAGGGCGAGCCGCUGUACAUCGGCCGCUGCCGUCAUGAUGGCGACCUGGUGGUUGGGAAGGUGCACCCUUCUCUGCAAAGAAUAUACAUACCAUACUACGGAAAAGAGUACUACUACGAAGACUACGAAGUUCUUGUCUGCAAGACAAUCAACUUUUGAACUCGCGGAACGUGGCCAGGCACAGAUUGCGCUGCCAACUGAAUAAUACGGAAACCUUGUUCUUUUGCAGAUCCUAAUCUUGAGGCUCUUCUCGAGGAACAUAUCGAGUUCCUUCGAACGUUGAACCUUACGGUGGGAACCUGGCUGAAAUGAACUUUUGUUGAAGCUUGAGUAAACAAAAUGAAUCA